UAACGAUGGCCAAAAACACUUCUUUGUAUUUCCGAAUCGUCGAAGGAAGAAAUUUACCAGCAAAGGAUGUUUCUGGGACCAGCGACCCUUACUGCAUUGUAAAAGUUGACAAUGAGGUCGUGGCCAGGACGGCCACAGUGUGGAAGAACCUCAACCCGUUUUGGGGUGAAGAGUACACCCUGCACCUGCCCAUGGGGUUCCACACGUUGUCCUUUUACGUCAUGGACGAGGACACGAUUGGCCACGAUGACGUAAUUGGGAAGAUCUCUCUCAGCAAAGAGACCAUAGCAGCCCAGUCCAAAGGACUGGAUAACUGGCUGAACCUGACGCGGGUGGACCCGGACGAGGAGGUGCAGGGGGAGAUCCACCUGGCCCUGGAGCUGCUGAGAGACGCCCAGAGGACGAGCCUGCGCUGCCAUGUGAUCGAGGCCAGAGACCUGGCCCCACGGGACAUUUCGGGAACGUCAGACCCCUUUGCCAGGGUCCUCUUCAACAACCACACCGCAGAGACAUCGAUCAUCAAGAAGACCCGCUUCCCUCACUGGAGCGAGCUGCUGGAGCUGGAGCUGGAGCCGGGCGAGGCGACAGAGGGGGCCAGCCUCACCCUGGAAGUGUGGGACUGGGACAUGGUGGGCAAGAACGACUUCCUGGGCAAGGUGGAGAUCCCGCUUGCAUGCCUGUUCAAGACCCCUCUGUUGGAGGGCUGGUUUCGGCUGUUACCCCUGGGAAACUCUGAGGAUGAUGCAGGGGGUAAGCUCGGCGCCCUUCGGCUGAAGGUUCGGCUGGUGGAGGACCGCAUCCUGCCUUCCAUGUACUACCAGCCCCUCAUCGACCUGCUGGUGGAGUCGGUCAUUUCCCCAGCGGAGGUGGACGACACCACCCCGCUGACCAUGCUGGAGGAGGUGACCACGGUGGAGAGCCGGCAGGACGUUGCCAUGACGCUGGUGAAGAUCUACCUGGGGCAGGGGCUGGUGGUGCCCUUCCUGGACUACCUCAACACCCGUGAGGUCAACCACACCUCGGACCCCAACACCCUGUUCCGCUCCAACUCCCUGGCCUCCAAAGCCAUGGAACAGUUCAUGAAGGCUGUGGGGAUGCUCUACCUGCACGAGGUGCUGAAGCCCAUCGUCAACCGCAUCUUCGAGGAGAAGAAGUACGUCGAGCUGGACCCCUGCAAAAUCGAACUGAACCGCACCAGGCGGAUCUCCUUCAAGGGCGCCGUGUCGGAGGCGGAGGUGAGGGAGAGCAGUGUGGAGCUGUUGCAGGGGUACCUGACCAACAUCAUGGAGUCCAUCGUGGGCUCUGUGGCGCAGUGCCCUCCCGUCAUGAGGGUGGCCUUCAAGCAGCUGCACAAGAGGGUGGAGGAGCAGUUCCCCGAGCCAGAGAAUGAGGAUGUGAAGUACCUGGCCAUCAGCGGCUUCUUCUUCUUGCGUUUCUUCGCUCCUGCCAUCCUGACGCCGAAGCUCUUCCACCUGAGGGACCAUCACGCGGACACACGGACCAGCCGCACCCUGCUGCUGCUGGCCAAGGCUGUGCAGAGUGUGGGGAACCUGGGCCUUCAGCUCGGCCACGGCAAGGAGCAGUGGAUGGCGCCCUUGCACCCAGUCAUCCUCCGAAGCGUCGCCUCCGUCAAGGACUUCCUGGACAAGCUCAUCGACAUCGACCAUGACAACGUGUCGGAGGUGCCCCAGCGGGCGGUGUUCCUGCCCUCGGUCACGGUGAAGGAGGGCUACCUGCACAAGCGCAAGGCGGAGGGCCCCCAGCUGCUCACACGCUUUGCCUUCAAGAAGCGCUACUUCUGGCUGAGCAGCGAGACCCUGUCCUACGCCAAGACCCCAGAGUGGCAGGUACGCUCAUCCAUCCCCAUCCAGCGCGUCUGCGCGGUGGAGCGUGUGGACGAGAACGCCUUCCAGCAGCAGCACGUGAUGCAGGUCAUCACCCAGGACGGCGACGGGCAGCUGCACACCAUGUACAUCCAGUGCAAGAACGUGAACGAGCUGAACCAGUGGCUGUCGGCCAUCAGGAAGGCCAGCAUCUACAAUGAGCGCAUGCUGCCCUCCUUCCACCCGGGGGCGCACCGCGGGGGAAAAUGGACCUGCUGCCUGCAGAGCGACCGGGCAGCUCAGGGCUGCAGUCGCACCCAUUCCGCAGUGACCCUGGGCGACUGGAGCGACCCUCUCGAUCCCGACGCUGAGACCCAGACCAUCUACAAACAGCUGCUUCAGGGCAGGGACAAACUGAGGAAGAAGUACCUGGAGUCCGUGGAUGCAGAGACGGCCAUCGACGAGGAAGAGAAGAGACUGAGCCCCAGCCUGUCCCCAGCCGGGGUGGAGCGCAGCCGGCAGUUCCACGAGCGCAGGCAGGCGGCAGCGGCCCGGCUGCUGGAUGUGGUGCUGGACCUGGAGCGCGCCCACCUGGCCUUCCAGCGCAGGGAGCGGGAGGAGGCCGCUAACCACAUCCUCAUCCCCUAG